CUGCCGCAGCACUACGGCCGGUUCGCCACGGCGCUUGCCCUCGUCGAGACGCACUACGUCGAUCAAGUCGACACCGAGCGCCUGAUCUAUCAGGCCAUCGGGGGCAUGCUCCAGACCCUCGAUCCGCACUCCAGCUUCAUGGAUCCGGACUCGUACGCACGGCUGCGCGAGCGCCAGGAAGGCCGGUACUACGGCCUGGGCAUCUCGAUCAACGUGAUCGACGGCGACAUAACCGUGAUGAGCAUCUUCGAGGGCUCCCCGGCGUACCGCAGCGGGCUCCGGCGAGGCGACGUCAUCGCUCGCAUCACGGGCCAGAACGCCAAGGACAUGACCAGCGACGAUGCGGUGCGGCUGCUGCGCGGGCCCAAGGGCACGGCCGUCGAAAUCUCGAUCCGGCGCACGGGGUACGACGAGCUGAUCGACCUGACGGUGGAGCGGGACGAGAUAACGAUCGCCACCAUCCAGGCGGCGUUCGUGGUGGACGGCGGCACCGGGUACGUCAAGCUCGGCGACUUCUCCGAGACGACGGACCGCGACCUCGGUCGCGCGCUGCAGCGGCUGCGGGACGCGGGAUGCAGCGCCUGA